UUAGCAUUAAGAACAGUUUCCCUUCAACAAAACAUGACACUUUGGCAGCACUGCCAUCGACGACAAUAGACCCUGGGAGACAGGCUCAAAUUUGUUGGACGUCGUGGUUCCAAUCAGACGGAGACAAGGGUUCUUGGCCAUCAUUAAAUUCGAAAUAAAAUAAUGCGCCACGUUGUCCGAGUUGUCCCACAGACUUGCCAGACUUGCCGCCUCUGUCACGCUCACCUAGCCUUAAUAACUUUGUCCGACUAUCGUGGCCACCGCAUCUUGGCCAUGGUAAGAAGGACUUGGAGCUGGAGUGGAGUGUGGACCCGGUGCCUUACCAACUUAUUGCUCUAUUUUCCCAAAUAGUUUUCGAUUUCAGUUUCACUUUCUGCGCUGCCCAUCAUGUUAACAAGGCUGAGACUGUGGCGGACCAACGCCAACUCGCGAGGAUUCUGGCCAGAACCCAGGCACAGUGCCAUCAACAAUGUAAACGAGCCUUGGUCCAGACUUUGGUUCCCCACCAAAUGGCCAUAAACAACUUAAACGACGUCCAAGAAUCGUUUGGGCGUCUCCGUCGUCAUCGUGUGGGAAGUCCUUGGAAAAGCCCUAUCAUUAUUUGAUGAAAUUAAGAUGAUUUGGUCCGGAAAGUUACCAGCAAGUUGCCAGUUCAUAAAUAUGUUUUGGCUGUGUGAAAAUUACCAGAGUGAAUCAUCUCCGAGAGACUGAGGCCCGCAUGCCGAAGAACAGAGGAAACGAAUCGAGCAAACAAAAUGAUUUCUCGCCGCAAGAUCAUAUCGCGUUCCCUGGACAAUUUGGAUGCCAUCGGGCAAGACGAGCAGGAGGAAGAUGUCUGGCACGAUCGCGAGAAGCUCUUCAGGGAUCAUAUCAAUGAGGUUCUGGCCAAGUGGGAGCAGAUUGACGACGAGAUCUGGGCCAAGAUAAUUGUCUUUGAGAAGAAUCGACGCGUGGCCAAGGCCUACGCCCGCUCCUCUGUGAUAACCAUAAAUGGAUCCAAGAACGGAUUCGAUGGAGUGCGUAUUGGCCUAAAUGGCUUCGAGAACCCCAUGCGGGAUGCCGAGACGAAGGUCAUUAAGAAAUCCAUUGGCGAUGGCUUCAAGAUAAAAAUGGACGACAUUGGCAAUAUAUUCAUCAAGCGUUAUGGCAAGAGCAGCAUCUAUGUGAACAGCACGUCGCAGGGCAAUGAGGAGACAGUCAUCGGUGGCGACAUCAUCCAAAUGCCACAGAUGUCCCUCACAUCGGGAACUUCCGCCAAACUGUUUGACAUGAAGAAGUUCCAGACGAACAUAAACCGGGAGUUUGCCCGAACAUAUCCAGAGCGUGGCAGAUUGGAGCGACAGUGCCUGUCUGCCGUUUCGCUGGUCAAGUCAAACAACAAUCUAAUCAACUCUCCGGUCUGGAUACUCGUGGUCAAUGUGGUGGCCAUGGAUAUGCUGAGGAGUCGCCUACAGACCAUUCCCAAGUCUAUGGAUGCUUUGGGCAUGCGAGUGCCUUUGACGAAUAGCAGCGAGGAUCCCUAUUCCACAAUCGAGAGCCAGGUGGGAUUGAUCUAUCCUACGCCAGCUGCCUCUGAUGAUUCACAAAACUCCCAGAACUCGAGUAACUCCAGCAAGGGAAGGCGCAGCAUCUUCAGUGCCGCCUUCCUCAACGAGGGUCCCUAUGUGCCCAAGCCCGACUAUGAGGCUGGUGGUUCGUUGACGCCGAUCUAUGCGGAAAAGAAGCGUCCAAAGAACAGCAGCAGCUCGCAGCAACGCAAAAAGCAGGAUGAUCCCUACUACUGCGGCCUCCUGGCACGCAUUCCCAACUUCAUCAAGUCCUCGAAGCAGCCGUGCAACAAUGGGGCCAGCAGCAAGCCCAAGAAGGAGCCCAAGAUCUCGAGGAAGAUCUCGGCGCAGCAUCAGCAUCAGCAGUUCCUGCAGCCGGCGCAACCCAUACCCAUUGCCACCUUCCACCACUCGUACUUCCCCUACAAACUAUAUCCGCCACAACAUCGUCUCUCGCAGUCGCAGAUGUCUCUCUGGGAUGCACGUAGUCUGAUCAGUGCACAUGAAUGAUCAACCCGGCUGGCCCUAAUUUAUUCAUCGUUUAGCAUUAAAUUCUACAAUUAUUUAGUCAAAAGCCUACGAUUAAGAUUUGGUCAGAGACGGAGGAGGAGAUGGAUCGAUCGAUCAUGUGGAGUGCAUUUCGCUCAGUUUUGUGAUAAAUGCAGCGAAGUGCAGCCAUUUAGAGUAUACCACUUAAUACGCUCUAACUCUAAUUAACCACAGUUAGGUUUAAGGCAAGCAGAGAGAUUUAAUGAUUAUGCAAUUUGUAAUGAGUAAUUAAAAUUUUGCCAUAGUUUCUUAAAUCGAUUAAGACUGAGAGAAUGAAUGUCCUAGAGCCCAAGGAGAGCGCACGAGAGCGAAGGGAAGUCGAGAAUUAUUAGAGGGCAGUUAAUGUCAUAAGCAAAUUAAUAUUGCUACAUUAGGAGAGUUCAAUUUAUUGUUUUUCUUAUUAUUUCUUCCUGUACAUACAAUUCAUAUGUAAAUAAGUUCGAA